CCGACAUGCAUGUAGCUACUCCAACAUCUCCCCCAGUGACAUGACAUGGAUAAACGGAAAAUUAAAGGAGAAGGCUGCCACAGAAGUGCGUCCCCCGUCAGCCGAGACACUAAAGAAUGGCAUAACAUCACACACACUUCUGAGGAUGGAUUCUCCGCCGGAGUGUGUGUUGUCUCUUUCUUGUGAGCAGCCCCAGUCUCCCCCAACACUGCCGUCCCUGGACCACAGCCCCCAGGCGUCAUCUCCUCACACCCAGCUCUCUCUACCUGACAGCCCCCUGGUUCUGCCCAUUAACAGCCCCGAACCUUCCACUCAGAGCCCGGACACCACGCCUUAUUUCCCCCUCUCUCCCUUCCCCCUCCUGGAGGACAAUAACAACAAUCACCACGACGUUGACGAAGAAGAUGACGAAGACGGGCUGGACGGAGUUCCCCCGUCCCCAACCCCGGCAGUUGCUCUGUUCCCAGGAGGAGCGGGACCAGAAGCUGGAUGCAGCCCUUGUUUGGACUCUUCUCCACCAGCCACGCCAUCAGCGCCACUCCUUGGGUUUGGAGCCCUGGAGCUGGCCCUCUCAUCUGGGCAGAGUGGAAACUGCAACGACGAGCUAGACCUCCAGCUGUUCCAGAAAGAUACUGUUACCAGGGCGAUACCUGGAGUGGGAGGGGCUUCACCAGGGCCCGCGCUCAGGUUCCCCUGUCAUGUAUGCGGAAAGAGAUUUCGAUUCCAAAGCAUUUUGUCUCUUCAUGCCCGAGCUCACAGUCUGGACCGAGACCGCCGAGCUUCAGCCCUAUACAGGACUGGGCUCCCUUCGACACCCCUAAAGCAGCACCUCAAAAUCCAACAGAACCACAAAGACUUAGUCCAGAAUCACAGAAGUCACCCAAACCAGCGUAUACUGCCAGGGACACUCAUCCAGCAUCUUACGGAAGAAGAGGAUGUUGACGGUGAGGUCAAAGGUCUAGAUGACAGCCUACAGAUAGACCAGAACCCAAACUUCUUACUGGAUGACAGCACACCAUUGACCCCUCCACUUACAGAGGAUCCUGUAUCUGUAACACCUCCCUAUUCUUCUACCAUCGGAGAGGGUGCGUCGACUCCUAUAGCGCCUACGUUUCGCUGUCAUGCCUGCAAAGGAAAAUUCCGCACGGCUUCGGAGUUGGCUCGGCAUGUCCGCAUUCUCCACAACCCGUAUAAAUGCACUCUUUGUCCCUUCUCUGCCAGCCAAGAAGAGAGCCUUGCAUCUCACUUGCAGGAGUUCCACCCUUCCCCUGAGGUACCUGUCCUGCCACCGGCUUUCAAUUCCAGGCUGGUCAUUGCAACCCCUGAUACUCCUGUGCCCACCCCGACCCAUACCCCAGCCCCAACCCCGAGUACCCCACAGGUGACAGCAGCAGCUACAGCGGCUGCGUCCCCCCCAGUGCCAGCAUUUCGCUGUGAAAUUUGCGGACAGCGGUUUACCCAAUCUUGGUUCCUGAAGGGACACAUGCGAAAGCACAAGGACUCCUUGGACCAUAAGUGCCAGGUAUGCGGCCGUGGCUUCAAAGAGCCUUGGUUCCUCAAAAACCACAUGAAAGUACAUCUCAACAAGCUUGGGCUGAAGGCCGGGCUGGGAACCCUUGGGGGACCAGGAGGUUCAGAGCAGCAAGGCAAAGGAUCUGCUACCAAUCAGUCUCUCAACGCCCUCUAUUCAAGCCUCCUUCUGGCCCAGCAAAGAGGUGGUAGAGGUGGACAAGGAAGAUCAGAUAGGGAAACUGGUGGCAGAAUGGGGAUGGGCUCAAGCAAGUCAGCCAUACUGGGCUACCUCGGAUUGCCCAGUGAUGGCAGUGGGGCGAGCUGCAUGGAGAGACUUCAAGCAGUGGCUCAGGUGGCAGAGAUGGGAAAUGGUGGUGGUGGCGGCUACUCAGGGUUAGGGGACCCAGGAAGAGGAGGUGGAGCAACUAGAGGAGGUGCCACAGGUGAAACUACUGCAUCCAUUCCAGACGGAGGUGACCAGGCAACUUGGUGGCAGCUGGUGGCUCGCAGCCUGGCAGUAGCUCAGCAGCAGCAGCAGCAGAGGCCCCAACAGCGAGGCCAGCAGCAAAGCCAGCGAGGCCCGGGUCGGAGCUCCGUCAUCACAGAGGCCGACCAGGUCAGAGCCUACCUUGGAGGCCUGGAUCCAAGGGACGAGUCUGGCGGAGCAGGGGGGCCAUGGGAAUGCCCAGACUGUGGAAAGCUAUUCCGCAGCCUGCAGCAGGUGGUGGUCCAUGCUCGCGUUCACACUCAGAGACCCCUGAAAGGAAGCGGAGGUGGAGAGGAAGGGAGUGGUAGCCGUAGACGAGCCGGGCUUGGAAGAGGAGGCAGCGGUGAAGCGAGGCAGGAAUCUCAGCUACACAGCGGUGGAUCCCAACAAGCAGGAGAAGCGAGACAGGAAUCAAAACUGCACAGUGGUGGAUCACAACAAGCAGGGGCAGCUACAGGGUUUCACUCUGUCAUCUCAAGCUUCAAAGGAGAAAAUGGCUUGACAGCAGUCUCCUCCAUACCUUCGGUUCCCACCAGGGAGCGAGUGCGUGGUAGAGGGAUAAAAGAUUGCCCCUACUGUGGUAAAGCCUUCCGCUCUUCACACCAUCUCAAAGUGCACCUGAGAGUUCACACAGGUGAGAGACCUUACAAAUGUCCCCACUGCGACUAUGCCGGUACGCAGUCGGGCUCGCUGAAGUACCACCUCCAGCGGCACCACAGGGAGCAACGCAACGCCUUGUCAGCCUCCUCCAAUUCCUCCUCCAGUGGUCUCACCUCCACUAUCAACAGUCUGACCUCUGGAACCUCUGGGCUGGCCAAGCAGCGCCGAUCCCAGCCAAACCACUGCCCCGUCAACCGAAGCCCAACCGACAACCCCAACUCUCGACCCACCCAGCAGUCCUGGCUCCUCGGGCUUCCGGACCAGCGGGAGCAUCGGAAGGCCUUGGCGGCCUUAAGGGAUGUCGACUUGGAGACCCAGUACAGGUAUCUGUCUGGAGUGAUGGGGGCGCUUUACCAAGGUGGAAUGGAAGGAGGCUGGAUCAGGGAGUCUCCCCCACCCAAGGCCCCUAAAGUGUCCCGUCGUAAGCCCCUCACUACUAGCCGAAUGGUUCAGCAGCCGACUGACAAGGAAGGUCCUGCGCCUUCAACUCAAGCGGUGGGUUUUGAACCCCUGGAUCUGUCUCGUCGCCCCUCGCCUGGCCUUGGAAGCAUGGAGGAGGAUGGAGGCAUGAGUUUAGGGGAGCUGGGAGGUGUAGGUGGUGGAGAUGGCGGAGGGGAUAGUUCAACAGGAGUCAAACUGAGCCAGUGUUUGUUCUGCCCUUUCCGUACGUCCUCAUCCGAGCUGAUGGCCAUGCACCUCCAGGUCAACCACACCAGUAAGUCCAGGCGCAAAAGAGCCCCUCCUACCAUCUUGGAUGACGAUGGAGCCCCAAAGGCAACCAAGCCCCGGACGGAUCACUCUGAUCUCGACUCUCUGACAAUAUGGAGACAUGUGACCGAGGCGGAGUCCCAGGCACCCCUUGGGGAUUGGUCCUCGAUGCAGGCCAAGACCUUUAACGGGCGCUCUGAGGAUACAGAGGGCCAUCUGGACGACAUCCUCGACCACCCAGACGUGGCCUCAGUGUCCAAGAAUGUCAGAGACGGUCUGGCGCUCAAGGGAAAGAUGGAGGGGGAUGAGGAGGAUCAAGAGGAGGAAUUGGAAGAGAAUAUGGAGAACAGCAGUCUGGAGGAUUCAGAGGACCAGGAUCUGAGGAUGUCCCUCGCUCUAUCACCAGCCCUGAGCUCCAACCACAUGAUAGGAGAGGAAGAAAGAGUCUUUACAGAUUAAAAUGCUUUUGUUUGGGAUGCCACCAUUCAAAUUG